AUGACUGCUGAAUCGAUGAUACAUAGGGCCAACAAAGGUGGCUAUGGUUCCUCACAAGAUGAAAACAUACAUUAUGAAUAUGACUGGGUGAGGCCUGUUAAGGUCACUGAGAAUUCGCAGGGUGGGGAUGGUUCUGACCCUCUUAUAGGCAUCGGAUCAGAGAGUAAAGAAAGUAGCUUUUAUGGUUUCAAGUUUAAGACCUGGCAAAAACGCAAUGGGGGCCAUCCAAUAGAGAAAGACCCAGUUACAUUAUUGAACAUGGAUGACUUCGAUAGAACUAAAGUUAGUGAAAAGAAGAAAAAGCUCGGCAAGAAGUUAGAUGGUGAUGACCUUUCAGAGGAUGCAAUUCGUGGUGCUGUGGGUGGCUCUGAUACAGUUUUCUCCAGUUCUCAUGCUAAACCAGAUACAUCCGGUGGGAUGAAGAGAAACGAGACAGAGACAGAAAAGCAAUCAGAUUCUAACACUCAAGAACAAAGUACAACUUCAGUCAAGGAGGAAGAAUCAAAAAAUGAAACUAAUGACACUGAAGUUACUCCUGAAUCCAAUGCCAUAGAGAAGGACGAACUUGCUAGUAAGCUUGGUGAUGUACAGACACCUGAAUCUGGGAAUUUGAGUGAAGGUCAAAAACCAUCAGAUACUCAACUGUUAGAGAAUGAUAUCAAGGAUGAAACAAAGUCCGAAAUAGUAGAGGAGGAUGGUAAUGAGGUUGGUGAUCCCGUAAGUGAGCCUGUAAAUGAGCCUGUAAGUAAUACAGUCACACCAGAAGGGGAGAACAAUAAAGAGGAUAAUGAUAUUGAGAUGACAGAUGCUUAA